AUGAAUGGAAUCUCUGUUGAUAUCAAUCACUUGAAAAAAGGUGAAGUCAAUUUGGGUACGUCUAUUAUGGCAGUUACAUUCAAAGACGGAGUCAUAUUGGGAGCGGAUUCGCGUACCACCACCGGUGCUUACAUUGCCAACAGAGUGACUGAUAAGUUGACUCAAAUACACGAUACCAUAUACUGUUGUCGUUCUGGGUCUGCCGCUGAUACCCAAGCCGUUGCAGAUAUUGUCAAAUAUUCAAUGCAAAUGUACUCAUCAAGGUUGCCUUCAGGAGAAAAGCCAACAACACAAAUUGCUGCUAAUCUUUUCCAGGAAAUUUGUUAUAACAAUAAGGACCAGUUGACUGCUGGUAUUAUAUGUGCUGGAUAUGACGAACGCAACAAGGGGUCGGUAUUCUCUAUUCCUAUUGGAGGUUCAAUUCAUAAACAAGAAUAUGCCAUUGCAGGUUCUGGUUCUACUUUUAUUUAUGGGUGGUGUAAUGAAAACUACAAGAAGGAUAUGGAAAAGGAAGAAACCAUACUGUUUAUAAAGACUGCUUUAUCUGAGGCUAUCAAAUGGGAUGGGUCUUCUGGUGGUGUCAUUAGAAUGGUGAUUUUAACCAAAGAUGGUGUUGAAAGAUUGAUCUUUUAUCCUGAUGAGUACCAAAAAUAG